CAAGAUGUGUGGUCUGAGGUACAACACCUGGCUCCAAGACGACAGCCAGCUCUCCUCCAACCCUCUGAUGACACCUGACAUCCUGGGUUCUUCCACCACCGUGUCUGUACACACCUACGUCAAGGCUACCUUCAAUGCGUUCAACAAGUGUACACGGGAGGGUUUCCGUCUGCAGACGGUGGACAAGGCCCCGCUGGCCAAGAGGAGGAAGUUGAAGAAGACCAGCACCAGCACAGAGACCAGGAGCAGCUCUGGAGAGAGCACCCGCUCCUCCUCCUCCUCCUCCCAGUCCCACCCGGACACCCGCUCCUCCUCCUCCUCAUCCCAGUCGCACCAGGACACCCGCUCAUCAUUCUCCACCUCUUCCUCCUCCUCCUCCAGCUUGUCUCACCACAACACCCACUCCUCCUUUUCCUUCUCCCAGUCUCACCAGGACAUCCUCUUCUCCUCCUCCUCCCUGUCCCACCAGGACACCCUCUUCUCCUCCUCCCUGUCCCACCAGGACACCCUCUUCUCCUCCACCCUGUCCCACCAGGACACCCACUCCUCCACGACACCCACUCCUCCUCCACCCUGUCCCACCAGGACACCCACUCCUCCUCCACCCUGUCCCACCAGGACACACUCCUCCUCCACCCUGUCCCACCAGGACACCCACUCAUCCUCCACCCUGUCCCACCAGGACACCCACUCAUCCUCCACCCUGUCCCACCAGGACACCCACUCAUCCUCCACCCUGUCCCACCAGGAGAAGACUGGGGGAGACGGUAUCGCCGACCCUCCACCCCAACCUUCCAUCAGCUCCACCACCACCCCUGUCACCACACCCCUCUCCAUGGGCUCAGACAACGACCCCGCCCCGGAACGCUCGCCGCCUCCAGCCUUCUACUUCUCAGACUGA